AUGUCUGCCGAAACUACAUGUAAAGUCGACAUAGAGUCAAUCAGGCCACCCACGAGGUCCAAAGAACGCCUUGCUAAUUCAAGCCCUUUUGGCUACGGUGCAUUUGCGACUACAUUGAUGACUCUAUCACUUGCUAAUAUGGGUAUUCGGGACAUUGAAAAUCAAGCUGUAUUCAUCGCCAACCUCUGCUUCCUAGCGGGUCUGGGCCUCCUCAUCUCAGCUCAGUGGGAAAUGGUAAGGGGUAACACGUUCGCCUAUACGACACUCAUUGCUUUUGCAUUUUACUAUGGCGGAUAUGGCUUCCUGCUGAUCCCUUCGGUUGGAAUUGUUGACAGCUACGGUGGCAAGACGGAGCAGUAUUAUACGGCCUUUGGAUUCUAUCUUGCUGUCUGGUCGCUUUUCAACCUCUUCUUCUUCAUUGCUGCUUUUGCGACGAACGUCGCAAACGUCAUUGUCUAUGGAGGGCUUGAACUUUCUUACACCCUGAAUUGCUCAGCGAAUUUCCUAUUCGCAAGCGGAAAUGCCUCGGCUGGUGGGACUUUGACCAAGAUCGCCGGUGGAUUUGGGUUUAUUGCUGCAUUGGCUGGUUUCUACGUGAUGGCCGCUGAGUUCUGCGGUGAAGUGUUGCCGUUUCGUGUUCCGUUGGGCGACUUGUUACAAUCAUUUCCGAGGAAGAAGGGUCAUCGGCAUCGGAUAUGA